GUCAUUUUUUGAGGUCAUUUCUAGAAUAUUUAUGUAAAUAAUUUUGUUUCUAGGUGUAAAGAAUGGCGUGGCGAUUCAAAGUUAGUAAGUAUAAGAAUGCAGUUGGCGUUGUUCCACGUAAAGAAGACUGGCUCAGUGACAUCAAAGUUGGCUCUCCACAGUCAUGUGGCAACCUCAUCAAAGCUUCUGCUGCCUUCAUGGCAUUCAAUGUCGAGAAUAGAGGUGGGGGAUCCUUAGGAGUGAUGCCUCUGAGCAGCAAAGGCCGUUUUGACCCCAACCACCCGCUGCUGCACGCCCACAGUGACCUGGUCACAGACUUUGACUUCUCCCCUUUUGAUGAUGGCAUGCUGGCCACGGGAUCUACAGAUGCCUGUGUGCACAUUUGGCACAUCCCCACUAGUGGCCUUGAGAGCAACAUCAGUUCACCAGAAUAUUCCCUGCCUCAGUUUGACAAGCGCGUUGAGAACGUCCUGUUCCACCCUACCACCGAGUUUAUUCUCUCCAUUGCGUACUAUGAUACCAUCAAAAUCUGGGACAUCUUACAUCAGAAGGAAAUUUCAUGCUGUCAGGGCGCAACAGACCAGCUACAGAGCACCACAUGGCGCGGCGAUGGCUCUAUGUUGGCCAGCAGCGGCAAGGACCGCGUGGUGCGCCUGCACGACCCGCGCGCCCCCCAUAAAGCUGCCUUGGAGUGCAACGGCCACCAGAGCGCCAAAGACUCCCGCAUCGUCUGGCUGGGAGACACCGACUCCAUCCUCAGCACGGGCUACAGCAGCAGCCGCAUCAGGGAGAUGUCCUUGAGAGACGUGCGGGCUUUUGAUAAGCCCGUCAAGACCCAGCAGUUUGAUGCCUCUACGGGAAUACUGAUGCCCCUGUACGAUGCUGACACACGCAUGCUGUUCCUGGCUGGCAAGGCUGAUGUGAGCAUCAUGUACUGGGAGGUCACCAACAAAGAGCCCUACUUAACUGAAGGCUUAAAGCACACGGGCAGCAGCCAGACUAAGGGGGCGUGCUUGGUGCCCAAGCGCGGCUUAGACGUCAUGGCGGGAGAAGUGAACCGCGUCCUGCAGCUCACGCCGUCCGCCGUCAUACCCAUCACGUACCAGGUGCCGCGCAAGACAUACCGAGAGUUCCACAGCGACCUGUUCCCCGACACGCGUAGUGCGACGAGCGCCCAGACCAUCGAGGCGUGGGUGACGGGCGGCAACGCAGCUCUGGCGCCCCUCUCCCUGGACCCUGGCAAGCGUCACGCGCCAACACUUGAGCUGCACCGCGGUGUUUUGUCCGAGCGUCAUGAGGAGAUACAGAGCAACAAGUGCGAGGACAGCCACCUGCACAACAACGGUAAUGCAGUGCACAGCACAUUGGGCACGUCUACACCCUUGCCCGUAUCUGCACCCGUGCCCGUGCCUGCUCCGCGCUCCCGCUCCUCAGACACCAACAAAACGCCCGCUAAACCGACCGUUGCAGUCAAGCCAAGCAUGGUAGUGCCCAAGCCCGCCCAGCGGUCCAGCGUCGGGAACAACAAGCAGCGCAGCGGGCACGCUACCAACGGUGACGCCAACGGAUCGCUGGGCUCCAGUUCUCUGGCGCAGAUCAGGAAGACCUUCGAGAAAAGCGAUUGCACUAAAGAGGAACGGGCCCGCAAUUUGGAAAAUUCUGCAGAUUCCUUGGACCAUGAAGUGCAGGACGAAUCUUGCUCCAAACUCGCGUCGAUCAGAGCACAGUUUGAGAACCGCAGCUCCUCGGAGGACUCGAACGCUGCCAAGAAGGAGUCUGAGGUGGACCUCGGAGGUGACGAGGUGGUGACGCCCCAAGGCAGCGUGCUGCUGAGGGCGGCUCCUGCCUCGCCUUCGCUGCAGCGUCGUCACGCCACCACGCGAUCCCGCUCCUUCCGUCGUAUCUGCAAGUUCCGGCACCUGAAGGGUACAGCAGGCCACCGCAGCAGUCACAUCGAGAACCUCCGCGACCUCAGCCGCACCACGCCCGGCGAGAGCGACGGCAUCGCCUGCAACAGCGUGUUCGUGGUGCUGCCGUUGACGGGUGCGGGCGGCAGGGUGACGGUGCUGCAGCACCAGAAGGGCGGGCGUCUGCCUGACGGCGUCAUACCGGCCUUCCUGUGCGGCGCUGCCGUCCAGGACUUCGCCUUCGAUCCCUUCGACGAGCACCGCCUCUUCAUCGGUUGUGAUGACGGCAACGUGCAGCUGUGGCGAGUGCCUGAGGGCGGCCUUCUGCACUCCAGCAACGAGCCUGAGGCAGUCUUGUACCAUACCUCUGAUAAGGUGUUCUCGAUGUCGUGGUCGCCGUGCGGCGUGUACCUGGCGACGCUGGCCCGGGACGGGCUGGUGCGCGUGUUGGACCCUCGCAAGAGCGGCGGCGCCUGCAGGGAGGGGCCCUCGCACCAGGGCGUCCGGGGCGGCAGGAUCCUGUGGGCCAACGACGGCAACUUCAUCAUCACUUGCGGGGCUUCCAAGUCAUCACAGCGCGAGGUGUGCGUGUACCGCAGCAGCGACCUCAGCGCCGCCCUCCACACGCUGCCCCUCGACCAGAGCCCUGCCAUCCUCAUGCCCACCUACGACCCUGACUCCUGUACCCUCUUCCUCACUGCUAAGGGCGAGAGCACCAUCCACUGCUACGAGGUUGGCGCUGAUGCUCCCUACCUCUUCCCGCUGUCACAUCACAAAGCUUCGUCUGUGCAUCAGGGCCUGACGUUCCUACCGAAACACACGUGCGAUGUCCGCGCGGUGGAGUUUGCGAGGGCGCUGCGCCUCACCCACAGCACCCUCGAGCCGCUCUCCUUCACCGUGCCCAGAGUCAAGACGAACCUGUUCCAAGACGACGUGUUCCCUCCGACCGCCGUUACGUGGCAGCCUCGCCUGUCUGCAGCUGAGUGGUUCUCAGGCCUCAACAGACAACCUCUCCUGGUCUCCCUGCAGCCUGCAGACAUGGACACGCUGUCGAGCAGCCGGGAAAGUCCCCCCAGCGAGAGCUCCCCCGCCCCCUCACGAGGCGUGUCCCUGGACGGCAGCGCUGCUGAGGUCCUCUUCAACCCCGCCAUCCCCGAGCAUGUGCGCCACGCCCAGUCCAAGCUGGAGCACAGCAUGUCGGAGCAGAUCAGCGUGAGCUCGGCCCUGGAGCAAGACCACUUCGAGGGCGUCGAGAAGGAGGAGUGGACGGAGGACUAGUGGGGAGCGUGGGCCACGCCAUCCAUGCAAUCCACGCGCCACGCCAUACACGCAAUCCACGCACACGCACCUGGAGGCCCAGUGAUGGAGGCCAAAGCAUCACAUUCUCAGUGAUGCUCGAGCUGGACCAUAGUCUUGUUUGUCGCUUUCUUCGCUCUCACACUCAUUAAGAGUGAAGUUCCUCUUACGAAAAUAAUGAACGGGUGAAAAUUUAUCGAAAAGUUCUGCUGUCGUUCCUUUCUGCACAUGACAUCCUCGGGGUUCCGUGGGAAAGAUUGUUCGUUAUCCUCAUUUUCAACUUCCAGUUUUCCAAUUUUAGUAUUACGAGUGUUAUUUAUUUACUGCGCCACUAAACCAUCUUCAAUGUCACUCCUACAUAUGCCUUUUUUUAUCUUUAUAUCGAUUAUCGAGCUUCAUUAAUUGCCUAUUAAGCGAGAAUUUAUGAGCAAGGGAAAUUUAUCUGCUGCUCCAGUUUUCUUCCACUGUGAACGAUUUUCAACAAAAAUUAUUCAUGCAUGUUUUCAAAUAUUAAUUUUUGUUGUAUGAAAUACUCAUUGCCGCGCAAUGAUCUCGUCGAGGAGCUCGAAAGUGCCUCCUGGAUUUGACGCUCUCUAUCUCUGAUGCUGCGUCUCUGAGAAGAACAAAGAUACGAUGAAGGUUGUGGCUAUCCAUAACAGUUGAAUUUCUGCUUAUCAGUUUGUUCGAUUGUGCUUUAUUAUUGUUAUUAUGCUUUAAUUAACGAUGGAUUUUGUGAUGCCUUAUUUAUUAUAUUUACGUUUCAAUAUUUAUUACUUUAGUAAUGCUUGGGGCAUAAUUAUUUUAUUUCAAGUAUUUUGUUUAACGCGUGCUGCAUUCAUACUCGUAUUGUAUAAUUUGUAUUGUGUAGCAGUUCGAAUUUUGAACUGUGAACUGGCCAUUGAAAAUUACACGUUUCUAAUUUUCUAUAUUCAGUUUGAAGCUCGCGCUGAGACUGGACAGCCAUUCCUAUGUGUUAUGUACGCUUGCUUGUUGUGAUGGCUCGGAAAAUUAUUAUGCUAUUGCUCUUUAUUUAUGAUGGCAUCAGAAUCAUGCAAUCUAUAAGCAUCGGUCUGAUGAAUUAUUUCAACAGUUGAAUUGUAAUGUUAGACUGCAUUUACCACGAACUGUAUCAGUUUGCAAUGCUGGGAGUUAGAAAAGAGACAAAGUUCUCUUUGUUCGCACUGUGUCUCGUUGCCCUAGCGCAGCGAUGUCACGUUUCUUGACUGCCAAUAGUGCCACAGAAUAUUUCUUGCCAAUACUCACUCAUAGUCUUGUUCGUGAUGUGUUUUGUGUUACUGAAGCUUCGUCCUGAGCGAGGUUAUUCUCUCUCCGGCUUGUGUUGGAGGUUUCCACUGGAAACUUCGCCUUGCAUUGAUAUUAUACUUGUGUCUUUGUAAGCCUUUAGAUGCUUUCCUUCGUGGGCCGAGCUUUAUUAAAUUAAAUUUAUUAAUUAUUUCAAUUUGUCAUGUCAGAUGCACACUACCAAUCCAUGUAUUUGCGAUUCCAUUACUUUUUUUUACUUGAUCAAGCGAACAACAGAUGUGCGCCUCAUCAGACCACUUCAUUUGUUUCAUUUUCUCUUUGUCGUUUAACAAAUAAUUGUCUUUCAUGAACUGGAAAUCAAGAAUAGAUGAGCUGCAAUGGGCCUCCUUUCAAGGGACCAGAGACAUGCGCGGUGUGUGCUGGAGGCCGUUCACUCAACGCGAAGUUCCAGACGUUGCCGGUCGCAGGUCUGGAACGCGCAGUUCCAGACGUUGCCAGUUGCAGGUCUUUAACGCGCAGUUCCAGACGUUGCCAGUUGCAGGUCUUUAACGCGCAGUUCCAGACGUUGACGGUCGCAGGUCUUUAACGCGCAGUUCCUGACGUUGCCGGUUGCAGGUCUGGAACGCGCAGUUCCAGACGUUGCCGGUUGCAGGUCUGGAACGCGCAGUUCCAGACGUUGCCGGUCGCAGGUCUGGAACGCAAAGUUCCAGACCUUAGAGUUCCACUCGCACAAUAUCACUAGUCAUAAUAACUCCUUAGGAUAAAGCGUUAUAUUUAGGCGUUGCGCACACACAAAGCAUUUGGUCAAUUCGGACAAUAAGGCCCUAGACUUAAGAUGGUCGUUUUUGUACCUCUUAAAUUUAGCAUCACCAAAUAAUCCCGCCGGCUUGCUGUCCUGUCAACUCGAGUGCCUCAAUCAUUAUUUAUUAUCUUGACUCUCGAAAUUGUUUCAUUCAAUUUAUACAGCGAAGAAUAAUGCCUAUGUGAAAAUGAAGUAUAAAUGCGAGGGAGUCGAGGGAUGCUUUCAGGUCUCCCUCGUUGUAUCAGAGGCCAAAUUAUCGGGCCUGAUGAAAAUGGAUCGCAACUCAAUUGACGACAUUUGGCACGCGGUGCUCGCAUUGACAGUGGGUUGCUGUGCGGUUAAAAGUUUGCUAUAUUUUUUCAUGCAUUUUGUAGCAUUACUGAAUAUCCUAAGACUUCUAACGUAAGUCAUAAUUCGCUUAAUUUUUUUCUAUUCGCAAUCGGCAUUCCUGUUCUUGACGUAGUGCGUGAGUUGGGCAUCUAAUCCCGAUCCAUUUCUCAUUGUUGCUUAUCAGGCAAACUAUCAGAUUGAGGUUUCGUGAAUUCAUGAAUUAUUUCUUGAAUUCAUUGCUGCAAUUUCCCCAUAUUUGAAACGAAUAUUUGUGCCUACGCUGAGUCACGCCCGCCUCAUUCCAUUUAUCUGCCUGGCAUUGUUCUUCAUUUUUCUUCUGUUUUUCCUGUUAGGAUUUCUCUUUUAAAAAUUGUUUGUUCGUAAAUGCCUCAGAAUGAUAUUAAAAUUGUCCAAAGAAUGGCUUAGUAUUAACAUCUGUGAUUCUAUUCUAAAUCCUAUUGAUUAUUUUCGUUUAUAUUUACCUAAUAAGCCACUGUCUUCAACCAAAGACCAUUCCAUAUACUCGUGCAGUCUUUGCCCUGCAACUGCAAUAACUAACCAAAGGCUCCAAAGGUCUGAUAUUCGUCUUUGAAGAUGGUUAAUAGUCUACAUAUUUGACGGUGCAUCCAUGGCAACCUCAGAGCAACGAAUAAAAUUUUGCGUGAUCCCUAUGGCGAUCUCAUAGCUUCACACCAUCUCUACUUCUGAUAAUUGUGUGUGAAGCUGCAUUGCGAUAACUGCUAUCGUAAUCUGUGUAAUAUUUGUAUGAGAGCUACCAUGUGUUUGAAGCUGCAUUAAGUUCUGUGUAAUGUUUGUAUGAGAGCUACCAUGCUUGCCUCGCUGCCAGUGUCUGAUCAGUAUUUCUAGUGCAUUCCUCGAUGUUCGAGUUCCUUGCAGGAACGCUCUUUCCAUAUUGCCGGCACGUUCCCAUAGCAUUCGUGCCAAUACUCUUGCUGUGUUUAGGUUGAGAAUAGCGGAGUUUGCCAUACAUGCCGUCGACAGCAAGAGUUUCAUCCGUAGUACAAGAAUGGUUCUAGAGCGCAUUAUUGCAAGACAAAUAGUAGCCUUAGUGUAUUUAAGGUCAUCCAUAGUUACUCUAAUGUUAAUCGUACCGCUUUUUACAUGUAGCGUUUGCAUUUUAUACAUGACGCUGUCCGUAGCAUAUAAAAUAUAGGCUUUUCUUACAUUUUAAUCGCUAUACAUUUAAUCAUUUACAUUUAAGCGCCAUUUGCAAUCAAUUAUUCAGUUGUGCUUGGUUCAUUUUUUAUUUUUUUGCUGAAGUAAGAUUAAUAUUUAUUGAAGCUUUGCUAUUUAUGUCCCGUCUUGGCACCAUUAAGUGCUGUAGUCUGGUGUAGUAUUGAGUUUUGAAUUCUGCAUUUCACGCAAUCGCCUGAUUAUGAAAUUGUUCUAUAUCUCGAGAAUACUUUUUGGCUGUAUUGAUAUGGCUACAAAAUUAUCUUUAAAAUCGUUGUGGCUUUGAUAUUCGUCACGGGUUAUCACUCUGGAUUCCAAAUCUAAAGGAGUUUGAAUUUUUUAUAAGGACGUUUUGCAUCCUAGAAAUGUUCGUUUAUGAGUGGACUGAUGGACAAUCUCUUGACAGACCAUCAGUGCAGGACUCACUUGUAUCCAAUACAUUUAUGCGAAGAAGGAAGUGAUCAUUCGCGCAGAAUUUACAUGUAACAAUAAAGCAGCGAAAACGAAUUCAGCUUCGAAAGU